AUGGAGAAGAACGUGCUGAAUGGAGGCACGUACACCUACGAUGAUUACGGAUCUGUCAACAACGAUGACAAAACUGUGCUAUACCAAGAACAAAGUUCCGAUGAUGGCAUUGAAAUUGGAACUCGUCCAUACUCCCCAGGGGACGACCGUAGCUGCUUCUUCAAGGAUGGCUUACGACGGAUAGAUUUUAUACUGGUGUAUGAAGAGGAGGUGGAAAAGAAGGCGAAGAGCAACAGUAUGGACAUAGAAAAGGUGGAGAAAUGGCGCAACAAGUUCCUCAACAACAUUCGUAAAACAGGACUCGAAAUCGAGGAGGAGCGAGUACAAAGUACUAAAAAGAUAACUACCUUUAUCAAACUUCAUGCUCCAUGGGAUGUCUGCUGUUUCUACGCAGAGGACUUGUGUAUGAGGGCUCCUUUACAGGCUCACCCUAACCCAUCAGACAAUUGGUCUGACAAGGUGCUUACCAUACUUAAGAUACCAAACAUGAUGAGUGCACAUGUACCCAACGCUCCCUUAGACUAUUACACCUGUGUGUUCAAGAAAUCCAAGCUUGACAGGUUCCUUGGGAGUGAUAACCAAGAAACUUACUUCUCAAACACCCAGAGGACUCGAGUAGUCAAUGAGGUCCUUGGCCGCACGUCAUAUGGCAAACGGAAGCGAGCAGAAAUUGGUAUCGACAGACUGUUGGAAGAAGAUGUAUUCAAAGCAGCCUAUCCCUUACAUGAUGGACCGUUUGAGGUGCCCAAACACUUUGUAUCACCAGAGUCGCUUAGUGCCCGACAGGUGUUGUACCAUUACUGGGCCCGAUGGGGUGUGUGGUAUAAAUAUCAGCCACUUGACCACAUUCGCGAGUACUUUGGAGAAAAGAUUGGAAUCUACUUUGCUUGGCUAGGGUUCUACACGGCUUGGCUGCUACCCGCAGCAGUGGUUGGUGUCAUUGUUUUCUUGUAUGGGAUCAUCACCUGGUCCGGUAACACACCUGCUAAUGAGGUGUGUGAUAGUGGUGAUAAGUAUAAGAUGUGUCCACUAUGUGAUGAAGAUAUUGGCUGUGCUUACUGGUACCUGUCCGACGUCUGUAUCUACACUAAGAUUGCCUAUCUGUUCGAUCACCCUGCAACGGUUCUGUAUGCUGUCUUUGUGUCCUUUUGGGCUGUAACAUUUCUGGAAUAUUGGAAGAGAAAGAAUGCUUCUCUUGCACAUCACUGGGAUGUGAUGGAUUUUGAGGAGGAGGAGGAGCGUCCUCGCCCAGAAUACACAGCCAAAGCCACACAUUAUGAGAAAAACCCUAUCACAGGAGUAAAGGAACCUUAUUUCCCCCAGCGUGACCGUAUUCCUCGUAUUCUUUCUGGAAUAGCAGCCAUAGUUAUCAUGAUGGCACUGGUGUUGAUCUUCAUCGUAGCGGUGAUUAUGUAUCGCGUGCUGAUCAGCAUCCCACUAUUCCAGAGUCAAACCCUGCGACCAAAAGCUGCUCUAAUAGCCAGCUCCACAUCUGCCGUAGUCAAUCUUAUACUUAUCAUGGCACUUGGCAAAGUGUACGAAAAACUUGCCCUCAAACUUACUCAGUGGGAGAUGCACCGGACGCAGACAGAGUUUGAGGACCAACUUAUAUUUAAAGUGUUCAUUUUCCAGUUUGUCAAUUUUUACUCCUCCAUAAUAUACAUUGCAUUCUUCAAAGGGAGGUUUGUGGGAUAUCCUGGUCAUUAUGAUAGGAUGUUUGGAUUACGAAAUGAGGAGUGUAAUAAUGGAGGCUGUCUGAUGGAACUCGCCCAGCAACUAGCCGUCAUCAUGAUAGGAAAACAAAUCAUUAACAAUGCACAGGAAAUACUUGUACCAAAAUUAAAGUUGUUCAUCCAUCGUUUAAAAGUGAAUCUUGACAAAAAUAUGGUGAGGACACGUUGGGAGGAAGAUUAUGAACUUCUGGAUAAUGAGGGCCUUUUUGAGGAGUACCUAGAAAUGGUGCUACAGUUUGGAUUUAUCACAAUUUUUGUUGCUGCAUUCCCACUGGCUCCUUUGUUUGCCCUCCUAAACAACUGGGUGGAGAUACGCCUGGAUGCCCAAAAAUUUGUGUGCGAGACACGACGACCUGUCGCUGAUCGGGCACAGGACAUUGGCGUCUGGUUCUCAAUACUUGAUGCUCUUGCCCAGCUUGCAGUUAUCAGCAAUGCGUUUCUAAUUGCAUUUACAUCCGAGUUUUUACCUCGUCUCCUCUACCAAUACCACUAUGACUGGGACUUAAAGGGUUAUACAGCAUUUUCUUUGUCGACAAGUCCCAAUGGCACUCUAAACCAGACAUGUCUGUAUCGGGACUUGAGAGACAGUCAUGGAAACCAUACACUAUUUUACUGGAAUCUACUUGCUCUUCGUCUGGGAUUUGUCAUCCUGUUUGAGCAUUUUGUGUUUGGUGUGUGUCGACUGAUAGACAUUCUGGUUCCUGAUGUACCCGAGGCUCUAGAAUUGAAGAUAAAGAGAGAGCGUUACCUCGCCAAACAGGCCCUGGCCGACACUGAUACCAUCAUGCAGAACGUGCAGGCUGAUGAUGACGAGGAGGAGGACAUUGCCAAAGGAGAUGAUGAAGAAGCUAUGGGAAAUGAUGAAGUGGUUGUAAAAAUAGACAAAGGAGAUAGUUCCUAGCUGCAGAUCAACACCAGAUCAAUGAACAGGAAUUUGAUGACUUACACUGUCU